AGAAGAACUGUGCAUCAGAGUAACAGCAGUUUGCUCCACCUGGGUCUGAGUGGGUGUGGAGGAGGUCAGGAGGACGCGAGGAGCCCAGAGCAGGCUAACCUGUCCGGAGAAUCGCUCCACAACCUCUCGCUGGACUGCUGGCUCCAUCUCCUCUCCAAAGUCUGCUCCGGAGCUGUAUGGGGACAGCGCGAACAUGAGUCCUAACCCUAACCAUUAGAGUGACAAACGCAAAACUAACUUUAUAUCAGGUGUAACUUCAUUCUACUUCAUAGUAGCCCUGCUAGCCCAAUAAGGAGUGAUGCUCAGGGAUCUGCAACUCUGGACCUGGAGAGCUACUACUGGUUGUGCAGGCUUUUGUUCCAGACUAGCACUAACUAAUAUUUUGCAAGAAGUCUUACCAAGAUAAAUUAUUUAAUUAUUAAAUUAUUUAAUUUUAUUGUUUUUAAACAAUAUAUAAACAAUAUAACAAUACAAACAAUAUAUUGUCAAGCUUAAAGAUAGAAUCCGCAGUGCCACUGGCCGCCACACCAUUGUUAUUGUUUUUGUUGCCAAGCUGAGGAGUGUAGCUCAGCAUGUUUGUUGUUUUCAGUAACUCCUUUGUUGUUGUAAUAUCGCAAAUGGAUGUGGCAGUUUCCCCAUUAAAGAUGCACUAUGCAGAAAUUGCUCCAUCAUUUCCUGGUUGCUAAAAUUCGAAUAGUUCGCUUAAUUUCAGUGUAUGUGACAAAACACGCAAUUAUAGUGUAGAGAAUCAUUCUACCAUCUAAACCUCUGUGAAAUAUAUUUUUCAUAACCACAAAUAUUGUAUUUAGUUUGAAGCUGGUGUACAAAACCGAAAGUAAAAGAUGCAAAAACAAAACUUAAGAACGGGAAGCAUAGAAAUAGCAAACAUAGAACAGAUCUACCACUUCUUAGACUUGCUUUCAAUGAGAAUGACAGAUCUAUAACUGACAUUUCUAUUUGAAUUUGGUGGGGUCGCCCAAAAAGUUACAUAUUGCAGCUUUAUAGAUCCCAGUUUAAAGUCCUAAAGGUAGAUUAUCUUGAUAUAAAAUAGAUUAUUUUGUUGUGGGUUAGGAGAAAUCAACUUAAGUUUAACUUCAUUCUUUUUCUUUUUGAUUAUUAUUAAUUAAUGACAGUCCAAAGCCAUUAUGUAUCAGGAGUUGACUCUUGACUGUGUUGCCUUCUUCCAGGUGUUAGUGGUCAUUGCUCUGGUCUACCUGGUGGUGUGUGCUCUGGGGCUGGUGGGAAACCUCCUGGCGCUGUUCCUUCUCCACUCCCGCCACCAGCUGCACCACUCGUCUAUUGACUACUUUGUGAGGAGCCUGGCCGUGACUGACCUCCAGUUUGUCCUCACCCUGCCCUUCUGGGCUUUGGACACAGCCCUGGACUUCCGCUGGCCCUUCGGCAGGGUCAUGUGUAAGACUGUCAGCUCUGUGACUACCAUGAACAUGUACGCUAGCGUCUUCUUCCUGACGGCCAUGAGCGUAGCUCGCUACUGCUCCCUCACCUCCUCACUGAUGGCUGCGGCACGUGCCAAGUGGGCCAGUUUUGCCAUCUGGGUGGUGUCACUGGCGGUCACGAUGCCCCACACCAUCUACUCCACCACAGCCCAGGUUUGUUUGAUUGAUUUUAUUUGCCAAUUUUAAAAUGCAUGUAAAUCUGUUUGUGUGUACAUCGAAACAAAACACAUCAAUUGACAACAUAAGUCAAAGACUUAAUUCCAUUGUGGUGCAUCUUUGUGCUGUUUCUAGGUGUCUGCGGAUGACGAGCUGUGUCUGGUCCGGUUUUCUGGAUCUGCCUCAGGUCAUUGGGACUCUCAGGUUCUACUGGGCCUCUACCAGACACAGAAGGUACCGCUCAUGGAGAGUUCAUAGAGCGAGAGGUCCCGUCAAUGGCGCCACUCCAAAGUGACCUGCUCGGUGACCGUCGUGGUGCUCUCCUUCUUCCUUUGCUGGCUGCCCAACCAGGCUCUGACACUGUGGGGAGUAGUGAUAAAAUGUGACCUGGUGCCCUUCAGUAAGGCCUUCUACAAUGCCCAGGACUACACUUCCCUCUGACUGUGUGCCUGGCUCACACCAACAGCUGCCUGAACCCCGUGCUGUACUGCCUGAUGCGACAAGAGUACCGGGCCGGACUCAAGGAGCUGCUGCUCCGAGCCUCGCUGUCCAUCAGGAACCUUCUCACCCUGGCUCUGAGGGGGAAGAGAGUGGAGAAGGCACCGCCUAGCAUGGUGGUUAUACACAGGGAUGCCAACGUGUGA